UUCUUGCAACAACAUGCAGCAACUUCAAUUGUAGAAAGGACAGAAAAGGACUGCUCAGCUAAAGGACUUACAUAUUUUGGCAAGGUACUCACUGAGUAUGUUUACUUCUCACCUGUACAAAGGCUGAUCCGCAGUGGUCACACCAUGGUAAAACGUGUCAUAGUAGCCUAUGCCCUGUGGGCAGGAGGUGGGCUUUUUGGCCUUCACCAUUUUUAUCUAGGAAGAGACAGCCAUGCCCUGUUAUGGAUGCUAACACUGGGAGGGUUUGGCAUUGGUUGGUUCCGAGAGAUUACACGUAUUCCUGUGUAUGUUGGUGAAGCCAAUCAACACACAGAGGAGGAGAGGAGAAGACCUUCAACAAUGGUGCCUCCACCAGUAAACCUUGUUAGAUUUGCUGGCCAGAUGUGCGUUGGAAUCUAUUUCGGUACUGUGGCACUGAUCGGACUGAGCUCCCUCAGUUUCUUCCACUUGAUGGUCCUGCCUUUAUGUGUGGGUGCCGGCGUGCAUCUAGUGUCCACCGUUGGCCAACAGACAUCUGAUCUCUCAAAAACACUCACCGCUAGUCUGAUAACGUCCCCAAUAUUCUAUGGCAGCACUUUAUCCCCACUUCCUAUUAGCCUGGCAGCCAGUAUCACAGCUGCACAAAAUCGCAGGUACAAGCAACCCCAGGCACGAACACAGGAACUUGGUCCAAGGCUUUAUAGGCUGGGUCUUGCUUGGCUGGCCUUCUCUACUCCAUUAGCGUAUUGUGUUUUCCAUAAUACCACGGCCACGUUGUACUAUCUGUCGGACUGUGUGGCAGCAUUACUGGAUAUUUUCUGGUUUCUUCCUUGGCUCAGAAGUGUGGUGGAGUACAUUUUCCUAAUGCCGUAUCGUAUUCUGUGCGUCUUCACUGGAGGUGGGUACUAUGAAGAGGCCUUGAAAAAGAUGCUGGAAAUAUUGGUUGAAGACUACACUCAGCGUGAGAAAGAGGCCCUGAAAUUGUUGUCCUUGGGAUCAGAAGCCUCUCUUGAAGAGAUAACCCGUGGCUACAGGGAGCUGGCUAAGGUGUGGCACCCGGACCACAACCCCAGUAAGGACGCUGAGGCAACGUUUGUAAAGCUCCACGAAGCAUACAAGGUUCUUCUAAGGCGCCACAGGCCGGGUCGCUUCAAAUAGUCACACUUCUACCUCCCUGACUGGCCCAUAAAGUUGGCUCAGGGUCUUUGUGAAUAUAGAAAAAAAGAUAUGUACAGUAUGUACAUAAUAAAUAUUGUCACCUGACAUCUUUGUACUUGUCAGACAACAUUGCUGCUGUUAUAGUGGGGCUCUCUUUGGGAGAAAAACAGCUAUUUGCUGACCCCUAGUGGCGUUUUGGUCGCAUCCCCCUUGAACUAAUGUAUCCCAAUGCACAGUACACCAUGAUCUAUGCGUGCUUGUUUGCUAUAGAACAGGGGUGUCCAAACUUUUUCCACUGAGGGCCGCACACGGAAAAAUUUAAGCAUGCGGGGGCCAUUUUGAUAUUUUUCAUUUUCAAACCAUAACAAAAUAUAUGGAUUUUUUUUUUUAACCUUUAGGGCUCCCGGGGACCAUAAAGGGUCUCAGUCAUUAAAACGUAAAAAAUAAGACAAAUUAUUAUUAUUAUUUUUUAUUUAACGCUUACAGUAAAUCUCUAUAUCAACUUCAGGUUGAUUUUCUGUCAGAGACAACUUUGUUUUUUAUAGCAAAACUGGAAAUAUGCAGUGUUUAGUAAUUAGAGCUCUAAAAGAUCAAUAAUGCAGGUCACCAUUGAUUUUAAUUAUUUAAUAUUUUUGAGUAAUCACAGUGAAAAUAUUAAUAAAAUCCCACUAAAUAUAUUUGGGAUGCAAAAGGUCCCCCACUCAUAAAGUGAUACAUUUGUAUUAGUGUUUUUUAAAACUUUCAACACUUAAGUUACGAGAUCAACUUAAGAUAUAUCUGUCGAUUUUACGUAUUAACUAUUAUUUUGUUUGUUUUUAUGCUCUUUUGUCAAAAAACAACUUUGAUGUUUUUAUAUGGCAACCACACAAUAUAUGCAAUAUUUUUUACACAUAAAACAUUUUAAAGUGACAUUUUUUAAGUAAUUGGAGCCUUAAAUAGGUCAAUAAUUCAUUAUAACAUAGAUUUUUUGUCUAAUUUUUUUUGGAGCAAUGGCAAAAAAAAGAAAAAGAAAGAAAGACAAAAGAAAAAAAACAGCUUGCAUGGCAGCUUUGUGUCAACAUUGCAACUUUUUCUCGUUAGAUUUCACCUCAUUCCACUUGUUUAAAUGUUUUUUUAAAUUAUUGCAAUACUAUCAAUUUUGCCAUUUUUGCAGAAUGUGUGGUGGGCCGGUAAACAAUUAGCUGCGGGCCGCAAAUGGCCCCCGGGCCGCACUUUGGACAUCCCUGCUAUAGAAUGUUACAUUUGCCAAGUUUUGUAUUUUUCAUUUUCAAAACGUUCAAAUGGAUGUUAAAUUGAUCAUGGAAUACAACAGGUGUAAUAAAAACGAUGUAACCCAACCUAAGCAAUAAAAUAA